AAACAGGAAACACACUAUCAUUGGACACGUCACGCUGCGAUGUAAACACAAUAGCCAAUCAAAUACCGCUGGUGAAGCACCGCCCAGUGUGUCAGGAAAGUUUAAAAGCUGCUGCUACAACUGAACGAAAUUAUUCUGAGAACAAGAAGAUGGCAAGAACCAAGCAGACCGCUCGUAAGUCCACCGGUGGUAAAGCCCCGAGGAAGCAGCUCGCCACCAAAGCCGCCCGUAAGAGCGCUCCGGCUACCGGCGGAGUCAAGAAGCCUCAUCGUUACAGGCCCGGCACCGUGGCUCUGAGAGAGAUCCGUCGCUAUCAGAAGUCCACCGAGCUGCUGAUCCGCAAGCUGCCCUUCCAGCGUCUGGUGCGAGAAAUCGCUCAGGACUUCAAGACGGACCUGCGCUUCCAGAGCUCCGCUGUCAUGGCCCUGCAGGAGGCCAGCGAGGCUUAUUUGGUCGGUCUGUUUGAGGACACCAACCUGUGCGCCAUCCACGCCAAGAGAGUCACCAUCAUGCCCAAAGACAUCCAGCUGGCCCGCCGCAUCCGUGGAGAGCGCGCUUAGACUCAACGCUUCAUCUGAAACACAAAGGCUCUUUUAAGAGCCACCAAAAUCGCACUGAAGGAGAAUUUUAUCGUGAGUGAAACGAAUGGAAAGUAACAUCUUUCUCAUGAUUCAGUAAAAGUUACUUAUAAGCUAC